UUCUUUUAGUCUUUGCCCCAGAUCUGUCAUCUGUUAAAGUGAAUAUAGCUGUACAUGUGGUCUCACGAUCUGUGUUCACCUUCAUAACUGACUGUUCAAUGCAUUAAUAGUUUGUGGUCUGAUGUUCCACUUCCUUAUUCACCCAUUAUUAGAGUCUCAUUCAGUCUCUUUUCUCACACUCGCUGUUAUGGAGCUGUUCAUCUUCAUAGUUUUUCAGCUCCUGAUAGAGGUUCAGUCUUACAGAUUUCCUAGAGUAAAAGUAUCUCCAGAUGUCAUAAGAGAGUCCAGCGCAGUGAAGAUCAGCUGUGAGACAGAACCACAUGUUACAGCGAAUAAAUGUGAUUUCUACAUAAACAGAGAGGAGAAGAAAAUGAAAACCAGUCCAUCAUGUGAGCUGGAGCUCACUGGUGCUGAAGUGUUCAGAUGGGCAGCUGUAAAAUCACCUGAAUCACUCAACAUUAUCUGUUACUACACAAUGAUAAAUGUGCAAGGCUCAUUCAUAACAUCAUCUGAAUCUGAUCCUGCCACAGUGACAGUUCUAGUUUCAACAUCAACCACCACUGAAAAAACUACUUCAACAACCAUAAAAACCCCAUUAACUGUAAUGUCCACUUCUGAAACUACAACAUACAGUAAAACUACAGACCUCCAAUUCAAGACAAACACGCCAAACAGUACAGCAAAGGAAACCAUGAAUACAUUGUUAAUAGUGCUGGUCUCCAUUGGUGUUGCUGGAAGUUUGUCUGGACUCAUGGGACUCAUCUGUCUGUGCUGGUUUGCAUGUAAAAAAAGAAGAAAACCCAAUAAAAUGAAAUCAAUAAAAACAGAUGCGCCCAUUCAAGAAACUGGUAUAAGUUGUUCUGGAUCUGCAGAGACACAUUCUCUGAUCACUUCUGUACCAGAAACAUCUCAGCCCAUAUCUGCAGGCCUCGAACACCCAGAAUCACAUCUGGACAGCACAGCAGAUCCCACAAAACACAUUACAUCUGUAAAUGUAAUUUACCAGCCCUCAGAUGUUGUGAUCAAUGAACAACAGAAACAGGGAAAUCCAGAAGAAAACGAGAAUGUUUAUCACCUAUACAACACGAUCCCUGAAAACCAGUUCACUCAAAUGCAGGCGAUCAAUCCUACAGUUUGGUGAAGAUGUCUUGUUUUAUUAUGUACUGUACAUGCAUUGAAGUAUCUUUACUUGCAGACAA